AUGUGUCCUGAUGUUGAUUGCCCGUUGCUUGAGGAUUUGGUGCUAAAAGACAUAGACAAUCCGUACUUCAUGAGUAUUAAUGCUCCGAAUCUAAGAGAAUUAGUUCUAGAGGACGAAGAUGAUUUUGUCAAUAUUUUUUCGUCUAUUCCUGCUCUCGAGUGUUUCAGCUGGGAUCUUUUUGAGGUCGAUAAUGGAUCAACUAAAGUUAUACCAACAAGGCUUCCAUCAGUUCUUAACUGUCUGAAAUGUCUAUUCAUGUCAGGGAUUACUCUUGGAGAGUUUUUUGAGCUUUCGUUUGCUCUUUGCAUAAUACGGAGCUCUCCAAAUUUGGAAGAAAUUGAAAUUAAGAUUGUCACUAAUGAAUGUAUCCUUAGUGAUGGAGAUUAUUUCGAAUGUGUGCCCCAGGAGGUUGUUGAUGAGAUUCCUGCAUGGUUUUCGGAUAUCACAUUUAAUCAUCUGAGAACAGUUAACUUUUAUGAUGUACUAUUAGAAGAGGUUGAAAUGCAGCUUAUCAAGGUUUUAUUGGCAAAGUCUCCAUCACUGGUGAAAAUGGUAAUCAAGCCUCGUCAAAUGGAAACUAAUAAAUCUCUCAACGUACUAGCGGAGAUAACAAAGUUUCAACGGCAAUCAUCUAAAGCAGAAGUCGUAUGUACGUUGUUGGUGAUGAUGAGGACUAUUUUGCACAUGUGCCCCGGGAGGAUGUUGAUGAGAUUCAUGCAAGCUUCUCAGAUAUUUAACCACCUGAGGACAGUUAAGCUGAGCAAUGUAGCAGGUGCAGGGGCGGAAAUGCAACUUAUCAAGGUUUUAUUGGCCAAGUCUCCAGCACUGGUCAAAAUGGAGUUAGCGUAA